AUGGAAGGAAAGGACACUGAUCAGCAUCGCCACAUGCGCGCUGUCGUUUAUUCGGCAUGUGCUGUUGCAACUAUUGCUGUCUUCUCGGCAAUCAUCGUCUUGCCAAUGCUCUUCACUUCUAUCCAAUCUCUUCAACAAGAAAUUGAAUUGGAGACCAACUACUGCAAGCUCCGGUCCCGUGACAUGAUGAUGAACUUGUACGCUACCGGAGGACAAAACCGUGUCAAGAGAGGAUGGCUCUUCGGACAAUGGAUUCCAGACAGUGGAACUGGAGGAGGAGGUGCCGGAAACGGAGAAAACUACGGAGCCCCAGCUACUGAGCAACCAUACAAUGCUCCAGCCCCAUCUCCAUCUCACGGAGGAUAUGAGCAACCAUCCAACAAUGGAUAUGGACCAGUUGUCAACGCUGAACCAGCUCCACAAUGCUGCACUUGCCAACAAGGAAAGGCUGGACCACCAGGACCACCAGGAGAUGACGGACACGACGGAAAGGACGGAUCCGCUGGAUCUGAUGCUCAAAACGGAAAGGACGGAGGAGUUGCUCCAUCUGAUGGACUCCAGAGCGAGCCAUGUGUUAUCUGCCCACCAGGACCACAGGGACUUAUGGGACCAGCCGGAAAGAAGGGACCAACUGGACCAAGAGGAUCGCCAGGACUCGCUGGAAUCGACGGAAGACGCGGAGAGCCAGGAAUGAUCGGACCAACUGGACUUGAUGGAGAACAAGGCCCACAAGGACCACCAGGAAAGAGAGGAGAGGACGGACGUGUUAUUGAUAUCAACGGACCACAAGGAGCCCCAGGAGCCCCAGGAGCCCAAGGACGCAAGGGAGAACAAGGACCAAAAGGACGUCGUGGAAACACUAUUCCAGGACCACAAGGACCAAAUGGAGAUGCCGGAAGAAAGGGACGUCCAGGACACAAGGGAGAGGGAGGACAACCAGGAGGGCUCGGAUCCAAGGGACCAAACGGAGACUGCAACCAUUGCCCAACCCCAAGAACCCCACCAGGAUAUUAA